UCGCUUCCACCACCAGCAAUUCGAAUGCUGUUCUACAGAUCGAUAAUGCCAGGCUGACAGCGGAUGACUUCAGACUCAAGUAUGAAAAUGAGCUGGCUCUUCACCAGAGCGUGGAGAGUGAUGUCAAUGGGUUGCGCAGAGUCCUGGAUGAAAUAACCCUGUGCCGGACAGACCUGGAGAUUCAGUAUGAAACCCUGAGUGAGGAGAUGACGUACCUCAAAAAGAACCAUAAAGAGGAAAUGCAAGUUCUGCAGUGCGUCGCUGGGGGCAACGUGAACGUGGAGAUGAACGCGGCGCCCGGGGUGGACCUCACGGUUCUGCUGAACAACAUGCGGUCUGAGUACGAAGCACUUGCGGAGCAGAACCGCCGGGAUGCGGAGGCCUGGUUCAAUGAGAAGAGCGCUUCCCUGCAACAGCAGAUCUCUGAGGAUGUGGGCGCCACAACCUCCGCCCGGAAUGAGCUGACUGAGAUGAAGCGCAAUCUGCAAACACUGGAAAUUGAACUUCAGUCUCUCUUAGCCACGAAACAGUCCCUGGAGUGCUCUUUGACGGAGACCGAAAGCAACUACUGUGUGCAGCUGGCCCAGAUCCAGGCUCAGAUCGGGGCCCUGGAGGAGCAGCUGCACCAGGUCAGAACCGAGACCGAGGGCCAGAAGCUCGAGUACGAGCAGCUGCUGGACAUCAAGGUCCUCCUGGAAAAAGAGAUUGAGACCUACUGCCUCCUCAUAGGCGGAGAUGACGGGGCUUGCAAAUCUGGAGGUUACAAGACUAAAGAUUAUGGGUCUGGAAACAUGGGAAGUCAAGUCAAAGAUCCAGCCAAAGCCAUAGUGGUUAAGAAAGUUCUGGAGGAGGUAGACCAACGCAGCAAAAUACUGAGCACCAGGCUCCAUUCCUUGGAAGAGAAAUCUCAAAGCAAUUAAUUUGAGACACAAGAGCUAGCAUAUGCCAAAUGCUUUCCGAGAAGAAGAGGCAUUAUAUGUAUCUGCCAAGAAAAAUCAGCAAGUCUAAAAGAAGUCUGUCCCUUUGUCUUUCUGUUACUGAAAUAUCACCUCUAGCCAUCAAUAGUUGUAUCUCCCAUUCUUCUGCAAGAACGUCACAUACAAAUGUGAUGACUCAUUUGAAUACCUUGUAGAAAAUGUUGCCAAUUCUUUGUGUUCAAUAAACCUUCCUUCAGCAAGUUA